CUCCCCGCAGGCCUCGACUCAGCUCCGCGGCACCCUCCUCCUGGGUGCUGUUGCCGUACCGCAGCAGUCGAUGCACUCUCUACCCCAGAGUGCGCGGCACGGCCAUCGCCGCAGCCGGCAGCUCCUCGCGUGCGCUGAGAGCUGGUCACGCCAAGAGGGGAGCACUGUGACGCAGCAGAAACAGGAGCAGCCUCGUCGCAGGCCGCAGCAGGACGCCCGCGGCGUAGACGUCAUCACAUGGCCGAAGCCUUCCACUCAAUCGCCGCAGCACCGCGCCGCUGCCGUGCCUGUGCGCUUGUUACCUAUAGGAGUGUCGUCAUAUAUAGACCUUGCUGAGUGCUUGCGCCAGAUCCAGACGCCGGUGCCGAAGCCGCCUGCCAGGGCGCGUGCGGGGCAGGGGAAGGCCUUGUACCUGAGCCGCUUGGCUGCUUCUGCUAUUUGUGUAGGCUCAGCUCCUCUGGAUGGCGCAGCGGCAGGCGUCGGCCUCCGAGCAGAACGCAGAAGGAGCGCCCGUCGACCACGAGGACGCUGGGCCGCGCAGACACCCAGAGACCUUCAGCCCGCCGCAGCAACGACAAGCGUCCGUGGCAGCGGCAGACGCAGAGGCAGACGAGCGCCUUCCAAAGGCAAGGCAGAAGCUGGCAGCGCAGACGGCAGAGCGAAUCACGCUCCAUGUCCCUCGCUUGCACUCGCCUCGGCCCUGGACCUGAGCAAAGCACCGUAAGAGGCACCACGCUCGGGUCUGUGGACCCGAAAGCCCAAGAUGAAGACGCGCCCUUCAUGCUGAGGGACAGACCAGCCAUGGACCGCAGCCGUGGCACCGGUACGACGCUUUCGCAACGUC